GGGAAAGGAAACCUAGACAAGCGAGGCGGCGGCCCCGCGUUCUCCGUCUCCGUCUCCGUCUCCGUCCGCCCGGCGUAAAGAAAAGCCUCUCUCACCACAGCCGCCACGCCAUGGCCGAGGAGACCGACACCAGGCCUGCCUCCGCGGGCUCCCGAGGCCGCCCCGCGCCCGAGGACGACGACAGGGAGGAGGGCGAGAUCACCGACCUCGCCUGCGCUCCUUCCCCGCCCGCCACGCACCCGCUCGAGCACUCCUGGACCUUCUGGUUCGACAACCCGCAGAGCAAGUCCAAGCAGGCCGCCUGGGGGAGCUCCAUCCGCCCCAUACACACCUUCUCCACCGUCGAGGAAUUCUGGGGGCUUUACAAUAACAUUAAUCACCCUAGCAAAUUGAUCGUGGGAGCUGAUUUCCAUUGCUUCAAGAACAAGAUCGAGCCAAAAUGGGAAGACCCUAUUUGUGCGAAUGGUGGUAAAUGGACCAUCAGCUGUGGAAGAGGAAAAUCUGAUACAUUUUGGCUGCACACUCUGCUGGCUAUGAUUGGUGAACAAUUCGACUAUGGUGAUGAAAUUUGUGGCGCAGUUGUCAGUGUGCGUGGGAAGCAGGAAAGAAUUGCUAUUUGGACAAAAAAUGCUGCCAAUGAAGCCGCUCAGGUAAGCAUCGGGAAGCAGUGGAAGGAACUUCUGGACUACAAGGACUCCAUUGGAUUCAUUGUUCAUGACGAUGCAAAGAAGAUGGACAAAGGCCUGAAGAACCGUUACACGGUUUGAUCCUGAUGCUGGAAUCCCAGAGAGUUGUAGCAGUAGCUGGCCCAAAUGCAUGCUGGGUGGUUUUAUCUAUUGCUGAUGAGUUGUUUAAGCAAGAUCCAUUCCUGUAUUGUACUCCAUAAGCCACUUGGGUGUUGCUUUGUAUUGUUCACUGCUGUGUUUUUUCUGUGGCACCGCAUCUACAGUACUAGUUGCUUGUCGUUGUUC